AUGGAUCGUCAUUUUCUCUGUGUGGUUAUCCGGGGUACCGAUGCGUGUCCAUACCAAGUUAGUACGAAGUCAACAGUUGAUGAGUUGAAGGCGCAUGUCUGUUCUUAUUGGAAUAUCAUUUUACCGGACUCAAUUCAGUUUGUAUUUGACUAUGAGGGGAGAAGAAAUAUUGUUGACAGUGAUGUGAAGCUCUGUUCUUUCUUGUCAUUGUGUAUUCUUAACCAGUUGUCUUUCUUGGAGCUUCGUUUAUUUGAACGUGUUCCUAUUCGUGCUCCUGAUUUUGUUCGUGAACCUACUACGAGCGAGUUUCGUUUAGCACCAUACCCUAGCAGAGAUCACAGUAAAGUUACUCCUACAUCUACAACGACGGAGUUUAUUUUAGCUCAGUCACCUAUUCCUUCCUCUCAAGAGCUUGUUUCUUCUCAAGAUAUCCCCAUGUCUCAAGAACGUACAUACAAUGAAAAGUUGGCAAUUAAAAGAUCUUGCAAGGCGGCUGAAUGGGAGUUUAUUAUAAAAGGUGUUGGUCAAGAUUUUUAUGGAGGACGAGAUGAAGCUCGUCUUUUUGUUGAGAAACAUAACCAUUUUUUUGGUCGCAGGGUGAGAGUCGUCAAGAGAAAUCCAGAACGACAUACGGUGGAAUGUUAUUACAAGGAGAAAUUGGAAUGCGACUGGAUGUUCCAUGCAGCUCCCAAGACUUCCAAUGUGAAGGGUAAAUUAUUCCUCAAGGCCUAUAACGGGGAACAUAAAUGUUGUGCUGGUUAUAGUGAUGGAACAAAGGAUGAUCGGGUUACGCGCGAACUUAUCAAGAGUUUGAUAUUUGAGCAGAUUGAACAGAAUCCCAACAAGAAAGUCAGGGAUAUUGUUAGAGAACUUAAAAGUGAUUAUGGGUUGGAAGUGAGCUACGAUCAGGCGCAUGCCGGGAAAGAAUUAUGUUUCAAGGAAUUGUAUGGCGAGGACAUUAAAUCAUACACUGACUUGAGAUGGUGGUGUGAAGCCGUGAAGAAACACGAUCCAGGUAGUAGGGCUGAUUUAGUUGUUGAAGAUGGCGAGUUUAAGAGUUUGUUCUUAGCCUUCGAUGCUUGCAUCUCUGGUUUCGAAUAUUGUCGCCCGGUACUGUGCUUGGAUGCAACUUUCCUAACUGGAAAAUUUAGGGGUUGUCUUAUGGCGGCUACCGGGAAGAAUGCGAAUAAUGGAAUAUUUCCUCUGGCAUAUGGUAUCGUAUCAGCUGAAACUGUUGAGAAUUGGCAUUGGUUCUUGAAGAAACUAGAAUCUAUCUUGGGUCCUCGUGUACUAACUUUUAUUUCGGAUCUCCAUGAGGGUUUGAUCCAAGGGAUUCGUGAUGUUUUCCCAACUUUAUAUCAUUCUUGGUGUUACCAGCAUUUGAAGAAUAAUGUCCGCAGUAAGACCAACAAGAAAAAGGGAGAGCAUUGUGCUGCGAUGGGUUUGUUCAAAGAAUGUUUCUAUUCAUCGACUCAUGAAGGAUUUGAUCAGGGUAUGCAAAAGUUGAAGGAUAUGGGAUGUGAUGGUCUUCACAAAUUCUUGAGUGAGAUUCCAGUGGAAUGUUGGUCCAAUGCACAUUGUCUGGGCUGUCGUUACGGCGACAUGUGUUCAAACAUUGCAGAGUCCUUUAACUCUUGGAUCAAGGAAGCAAAAGGUAUGCCUAUUGCAACACUUGUUAACUGGAUCAGACUUAAAAUUAUGGAACAGAUGAGUACAAGGAAGAGGAAGGGGGCGACGUAUAAAGGAUUCAUUUGUCCCAGGCUAGAGAAAAAAGUGUUGGCUUCCAUUCGUGAUGGUGUCCAGUGGAGAAUAACCAAGUCUGGUGACAUGGAGUGGGAAGUUUUUGAUGGAAAGCACACGCACGUUGUUAAUAUUGCGAAGUUUCAGUGCAGCUGUAGGGUUUGGUUUACUGAGCAGUUCCCUUAUGAUCACGCUAUUGCGUGUAUGCAUUCAAAUAACAUCAAUGUUUACGAGUACAUUAAUCCGUAUUUCAGCAUUGCUAGCUUCCGUUCUUCGUAUGAUCGUCCUAUCAAGCCCAUUCCUGAUUACGAGAAGCCUAUUGAUGUUUCUACUGGAGAUCUCGUGAACCCACCAACUGUCGUAGGAAAAUAA